UCCAUCAUAUUUCAGGAGUUGUUUCGAUAUGUCUUCUAUCGUGUCAUUCGGAGAGCAGAGCCGGGCCUCGAGAAAGUGUCUGAAGUGGGAACGCCUAGUGGUUCCCAUAUGGUUGUCAACGAUAGGACACAACUGGCAUUCGUAUCAGGUCUGGGCUUCGGUCUGAUGGCCGGCGCCUUCUCAUUGACCAACAUAUUGGCCGAUAGUGUGGGUCCGGGAACUGUGGGCCUGAACGGUGACUCGCAUUACUUCUUCCUGUGCUCUUCGUUCACGACUCUGGCGUUCAUAUUAUUGCACACCUUUUGGGGCGUCAUCUUCUUCAAGGCGUGUGACAAUCGGAACUACAUUCUCAUUGCUUACGUCUUUCUCUCACAUCUGAUCGCAUCGGGAAUUGUGAGUCCUUUCCAGUUAUCGGUUCAAUCCAUGAGUAAUUUGUAUUGA